CCUCGAGAUGACCGAUGUCAUCAGAACGUUUUCAUCUACCUUCAGCCAUAGAGCCAAUUUCACCCUCUUUUGCUAAAAGAAUGACGUUACAUGCCUGAAGCACACUCAGGCGACCAGUUGGUGCUCAGCCAUGUACGAUGCUGGCGUUGUCUAUCCCAGGCCUAAAACUCUUUCAUAUGACUUUCAUUAUAUCCCUCUCUACGGCAUGUGAUGGACUUGGGUGUUUAUCUCUGUUGAAAUGAGAGACCUACUUUAACGUCAGCCCGAUAGUCACUUGUGUAUAGGCCGAGGCUUGAUCUGAACAAACACACCUUUUCUCGAUGGAUGGACCGACUGCUGCACAGGACAGAAUCCGGGGUACAAACCGGAGUGUGAACGGUGUUGAUGGAAUUCACCCCCGUCAGAAUGGGGGGCCAUCUCAUGAUAAGGCCCCGUCUGAAGAGCCCCGGGUAUACUCUACCAAUGGAACCGAGGAGAGACCUCAAUUUCAGCGCCGUUUUCCCCGGAUCUCUCUACCAGUAGAGCUUAUGCAAGACUCUUAUGAUGUGGUGGCUAUUGGCUCAGGAUAUGGAGGAGGUGUGGCCGCCAGCCGAAUGGCGAGAGGAGGGCAAAGCGUCUGCGUUCUAGAGCGAGGGAGAGAGAGAUGGCCUGGGGAGUUCCCCGAGAAGCUGGAGGACGCGGUGAAGGAGCUCCAUGUCAGCGGCCAAUUUGCUCCUGGAGACAGAAGAAGCAUUCCCGGGGCCAUGGUUGACACGGGGAACUCGAAUGGUCUAUACCACUUUGUGGUCGGAGAAGGCCAGAACGUGUAUAUGGGCAACGGCCUGGGUGGCACCAGUCUCCUGAAUGCCAAUGUUUUUUUGGAAGCUCACAAGAAGGUUUUGGAAAUGGGAGUCUGGCCAGACGAACUGAGAGGACAUGAUUCGUGGAAGAAGUACUAUGACCGUGCGAAGAGCGUCCUGGAGCCUGUUCAGUACCCCCUGACCUUCCCCAAACUUCUAAAAGCGGACCUGCUCAAGAAGCAAUCGGAGCUCAUGAGUUGGGGCGAUAAUUUCUACCGUGUUCCGCAAACAACUCGAUUCGAGGACGGUCCGAAUGGCACGGGGGUCUACAUGCAGGCAUCACAACUGACGGGCAUGGAUGCAACCGGCAUCAAUGAUGGAAGUAAGUCUACAACACUUGUGAACUACCUCAGUGAUGCGUGGAAUUGGGGCGCCGAGAUAUUCUGCGAUUGUGAGGUCAGAUACGUUACCAAAGCUCCCAACCGGGAAGGAUAUAUUGUUUAUUUUGCGUGGCGCUCCUGCGGCCGUGAUCGUUUCACCACAUUUUUCGAAGACCUCAUGUGGGUUCAUGCAAAGAAGUUCGUUUUCUUUGGAGCUGGGAGCAUCGGCACCACCGAGAUCUUGCUCCGAAGCAGACAGAUGGGCUUGGACUUGAGCGAUGACCUCGGGACCGAGAUGAGUGGGAAUGGAGAUAUGCUGGGCUUCGGCUACAACACCGACUAUGAAGCCAACUGCAUCGCUCGUCCUGAAUCAACUCCAGAUCGACCAGUAGGACCAUGUAUAACCUCGGUGCUCGAUCUACGGGAUCAGAAAAACCCGUUGGAUGGAUUCGUGGUGGAAGACUGCGCGGUGCCAUACGCUCUUGCCCCACUGAUGUUUGCCAUGCUGGAAUAUUUGCCGGAUAUGAGGCGUCCCAUGUACAGUCCUGUCGAGAAGAUAGCGAAGCUUGUUACCCGAAUGAAAGGCAAGCUUCUUGGGCCAUAUUUCUCGGAGGGCAGCGUCCAGAAGACUGCCGUAUACUUGAUCAUGUCUCAUGAUAGUAGCCAAGGAAGGCUGACACUCCAGAAUGACAAGCCAAUGCUCACUUACUCAGGCGUGGGCCGUUCUAAAUCGGUAUCUCGCAUCCACGAUCUUCUUGAGAAGAUGACCGCUGCUGUCGGGGGGAACUUUAUAGCUAAUCCAGUGUGGAGUACAUUGGGAAGGCAGGAAAUCACAGUUCAUCCUAUAGGCGGUGCUCGUAUCAGCAAAGACAACUCUGGCAACAAUGGAGUGGUGAAUCACAUGGGUGAGCUACUGAGAGGCAAUGGACGCGAGGCAUAUGAGGGACUGGUAGUGUGCGACAGCUCUGCCUUGCCAGCAGCUGUUGGUGUCAACCCAUUUGCUACCAUUACUGCCUUUGCCGAACGAUCAGUUGAGAUGAUGGCACAAAGGCGAAACAUCUCCAUCGACUAUGACACUCGGAAUGGCCAGUUGGAUAUGUUCAAUUCUCCGGCUUUCCCUUCUCUUCGAGAUGCAGAUACCACGAAACUUGCAGCCAGGCUUGCUACCGAACAUCAGACUGCCGGUGUCGUAUUCUCCGAGAUUAUGACUGGUUUCAUAUACACCGGUCACGACGUCAAAGACUUCGAGGUCGCAACUAGGCUCGCUCGGGGCCGGUGUGAAAAUGCACGCUUCUUCCUGAGUGUCAAAUCCUGGAGCACUGAGGAAUUGGUAAACAGCAGCCAGCAUCUGGCCAACUUAACCGGAACAUUCACUUGCAACGCUCUCGGAGGAAAUUUCAUGGCCCACCGCGGCACCUUCCAACUGUUCAACCACGACUCCCGGGAACCAGAUACAGCGAAUCUAACAUACAACUUUGACAUGACUUCACCAAGUGGGAGGAGAUUACACUUCAAUGGUUACAAAACCGUGAACACCGCGUCCUUCCUCAACCCACUUGAGCUCUGGAGACAGACCAGCACUCUAUAUGUCACUAUCACGGAUAAAGACAGUGCGGUUGUAGGUCGUGGUAUGCUACGCAUCCAACCUAACGACUUUGGCUACGAGCUCCAGACCUUCUCUACCAGUGGAGCAUCGCUAUGGACAAGGGCUAGAUCAGCAGCAAGCUUUCUCGCCUACUUCACCCGACAGCUCUCUGUGCCUUUUCUUUCAACACUCGGCCAACUCCAAUGGCCGGGCACAACACUGGACUACACAUCCAAGGAAGUGGGCCCAUCCUCGACCAUUCCCUUGACGGCAUCCGAUGGGAUUACCACUAGAAUGGUAAUGUGGAACCCUAUCUCCCCCGAAGGAAGAGAGAUUCUCGGCCCUGCACCAACCCUACUCCUCAUCCCAGGUGCUGCAGUUGACCACAAGAUGUUCGCUCUUCCAACCAUCGAACGCAACGCAGUUGAAUUUUUCCGGGACUUAGGAUAUCGUACCUACUGUAUCACCCAUCGAGUUGGCCGAACCCCUGUCGCCCGAGAUGGCUACACACCUUACGAUGCGCGGCGCGAUAUCCACGCUGCCUUAGCUCACAUGCGCAAGGUCGCCAGCACAAUUAAUCCGAACGAGCCACCCAAGACUUACGUGGUCGCCCACUGCGCAGGCUCGCUAGCCCUCGCCUGCGGCCUGUUAGACGGCACAAUCCCUGGCGACUGGAUUCAAGGCAUCACGGCCUCAAUGGUCUUCAUGAAUCCCAAGUUUGGGAAGGUUGAUAGUCUCCUGUCUGGCUUCCCGACAUCGCUGUAUGCCCGGCUAGUCAGCCCCUACUGGGACUGCACCAGUAGUCGCAAUGACACGUACAUCCAGUCAUUCUUAAACCAGGCGUUGCGACUUUAUCCUGGAGGUGACGCCCGAGAGUCCUGUCGAUCGGUUGUCUGUCAUCGAAGCGAACUUGUGUUUGGCCGUCUCUGGACCCAUAAGAACCUCAACGAUGCUACCCAUGCCCAGCUCGAGCGCUUCCUCGGCGGCACCUCCAUGCGUUCUCUUCAAUGGCUCAUGGAAACGGGCCGUCUGGAGAACGUCACGGCCAACGGGCCGGCAUACAAUAAUCUGGCCACACCGGAAAACCUUGACCGCUUGAAAGGCAUCCCGAUUCUGUUCUUAUCAGGGACUGGAAAUAUGGUGUUUACAGCCGAGAAUACAGAUGUCUCAUAUACCACUCUGUGUAACGUUCACGGAAGGGAGUGGUACGAGCGAGAGGUCUUCACGGGCAAGGGUCAUCUCGACGCCUGGAUGGGCUCGACGGCCUACCAGGAUGUGUAUCCGAGGGUGAGACGCCAUGCUGAUCGGAUCAUGAAGGGGGAGCAAGGUCCGGCUGGUAAAAUGGACAAGCAAGAUGGGAUGUAGGGAUUUGCUGAGUCAACUCAGAAUGUCUAUCUGUUUACUUUGAUCGCUGUUGUACGUAUACUGAAUCUAACCCCUGCGACUUAUCAGUUGUAUCAAAUGCCAUGAGUUGGAGGAGGUGGCUGAUCCCAUAUUCUGUUCCUUGGGUCAACCACCCAGUCGGGCUUAUCUUCUAUAUCUUCGGCUGCAGCCAUACACAAAUGGACUUGUGCCGAUACAGAGGAUACGGGGUUGGUGAAUACGGGUCACCUGAU